AUGGGACUAAAGAUAGAAGAAGUGAAAGAAUUAGAGCCCAAGGUUGUUGAAGAAAAAGUUCAAAGUGAGGAAGAAAUCGAUACCAAAAAUGAUGAUGGCAUCGAUGCUGAGAAGGAGAUGAAUGCAAUUAAAGCUUCAGCUACUAAUUUAGUAAAUCUAGUAUCAACCAAAGCCUCAGAUAUAGAUUGGGAAGCGGGAACACCUGUUCCUUAUGCUGCUCUUUGUAAAACCUUCGAAAAAAUCGAGGCAACGACAAAACGGCUUGAAAUACAAGAGCACCUAACCACGUUUUUCGUACAAAUCAUUGAACAUAGCCCUGACAAUUUAUUGGAGACUUUAUAUUUGUGUCUCAAUCGGAUUUGUCCCGAAUAUGAAAAUCUUGAAUUAGGUGUCGGUGAGUCUUUGUUAAUAAAAGCUAUUGCCGAAGCGACUGGCAGAAAAACAUCAAAGGUGAAGGAAGAAUUAACAAAAUGGGGUGAUUUGGGAAAAGUUGCUAAGGAUAGCAAAAGUACUCAACCAACAUUAGUCAAGCCGAAGCCUUUGACAAUUCCAGCAGUUUUUAGCAAAAUGAAAAGUAUCGCAAACACCAAUGGACAAGACUCUCAGGAAAGAAAGAUUCGAGACAUAAAGUUUUUACUUACAGCAUGUCGAGGUGAUGAGGCAAAGUACCUAAUCAGGUCUCUAGAAGGAAAGCUUCGCAUUGGACUAGCAGAACAGACAAUUUUGAUAUCAUUGGCACAGUCAAUUGCAUUAAAAGAUCCUGGAUAUCAAAAUCUAUCCAAAACUUUAAAAGCGGAAGAAUUGACAGCUGCAGCAGACAUUGUUAAAUCAGUUUAUAGUGAGGUCCCCUCUUAUGAUAUAAUUGUUCCGACUUUAUUGAAAGUAGGAGUGAAAGGUCUUAGAGAAGAUUGUAAAUUGACGCCUGGUAUUCCACUUAAGCCGAUGUUAGCGCAUCCAACAAAGAGCAUUACUGAAGCGCUUGAUAGAGUUGAGGGACAAACAUUCACAUGCGAGUUUAAAUAUGAUGGUGAACAAGAUGGUACCACAAAAAUUUAUAGCAGAAAUUUGGAAGAUAGUUCUAUGAAGUAUCCUGACGUUUUAGAGAAACUUUCCAGUAUCGUGAAACCUGAUACCAAAAGUUUUGUGCUUGACUGCGAAAUCGUAGCAUGGGAUCCGGAAAAAAACUGCCUCCUGCCCUUCCAAAUUCUGAGCACACGAAAAAGAAAAGAUGUAAAAGAAUCAGAUAUAAAAGUUUGUGUAUGUCUUUACGCUUUUGACUUGCUCUAUCUGAAUGGAGAGUCACUACUUCAAAAAUCUUUUACAGAACGGCGUGAAUUAUUGUACAACGCAUUUCAAGAAAUUGAGGGUAAAUUUGCAUUUGCGCGUUACAUGAAUGCCUCAAACGUUGAAGAAAUACAAGCUUUUCUUGAUGAAAGUGUCAAAGCAAGUUGUGAGGGACUAAUGGUAAAAAUACUAGAUGGUCAAGAGUCACGAUAUGAACCUUCAAAACGUUCUAGAAAUUGGUUAAAGAUAAAAAAAGACUAUAUUAGUGGUGUUGGAGACUCUUUAGACCUGGUCGUUAUCGGUGCAUACUUAGGACGUGGAAAACGUACCAGCGUGUACGGCACGUUCCUUCUUGCUUGUUAUGAUCCGGAUAAUGAAGAAUAUCAAACAAUCUGUAAAAUUGGAACAGGUUUCUCUGACGUAUCACUGGAAAAUCAUUUUAAGUUUCUUAAGGAACAUGAAAUACCCGAACCAAAAACGUAUUACAAUUACGAUAAAGGGGCAAAACCAGAUGUUUGGUUUGAACCUUGUCAGGUCUGGGAAGUAAAAACUGCUGACCUUAGUAUUUCCCCUAUUUAUAAGGCUGCUUUAGGGAAGAUUGACCCAUCUAAAGGUGUGUCUUUACGUUUUCCACGGUUUAUUCAGAUACGAGAAGAUAAAAAGCCGGAAGAUGCAACUUCAAACGAUCAGGUGGCUGAUUUGUAUAGAUCUCAAUUCAGAAACGAAUAG